CCUGGCAGCGACAUUCCAGCGGAUGACUAUCCUCCUCACAUCAUUUCUGUCCUGUGAUGGGAAUCCGUUCAGCGUCGAGGCUGGAAAAUUAAUCUGAAAUAAACAAAUAGGUUUGUUUUUGAUAUUUUUAGUGGUUUAAGAGCAGGAUUUAAUCCCGUUCUCGCGGUUCCCUGUUUAAAUGGCUUGAGUCUAAAUCACGUCCAUCCGGAGACUUUGUAACUUUGUGAACUUUUGCUUUGUGAUUCUCACUUCUCGUCCGUACUACUGAGCACCCAGAGAAAGCCCUGAACAUGCCGCUCGGACUGGGCCGAAGGAAGAAGGCGUCUCCGCUGGUGGAAAACGAGGAAGCCGAGCCGAUCCGCGCCGGGCUCAACGUCGACGGCCUUGACGGGGGCCGGGUCGGAAUCGCUGAGGGGGUGACACAGGAAGGUCUUCCUCCUCCACCAACUAACCUUCGACCUCGUCUCAUUUUUCACACCCAGCUGGCACACGGCAGCCCCACGGGCCGCAUCGAGGGAUUCGGCAACGUCCGCGAGCUCUAUGCCAAGAUUGGGGAAGCCUUCGCGAUCCCACCGGCAGAGGUGAUGUUUUGCACACUGAACACCCACAAAGUGGACAUGGACAAGCUGCUGGGAGGCCAGAUCGGCCUGGAGGACUUUAUCUUCGCUCACGUGAAGGGCCAGAGGAAAGAAGUGGAGGUGUUCAAAGGAGAGGACGCUCUAGGACUCACGAUCACCGACAAUGGCGCUGGAUACGCGUUUAUUAAAAGAAUAAGAGAGGGCAGCAUCAUCCAUCAGAUCCAAGUCAUCAACGUCGGAGACAUGAUCGAGUCCAUCAACGGUCAGACGCUGAUCGGGUGUCGACACUAUGAGGUGGCCAAGAUGCUCAAAGAACUGCCGAGAGGGAAAAACUUCGUAUUGAAGCUGGUGGAACCGCUAAAGGCCUUUGAUAUGAUCAGCCAGAGGUCAGGAGGAAGGGCAGGGUCAGGGGGACAGCUGGGUACAGGAAGAGGGACACUGCGACUGAGAUCUAAAGGACCGGCAACAGUGGAGGAACUGCCGUCAGCGUUCGAGGAAAAGGCGAUUGCGAAAGUCGAUGAUCUCCUGGAGAACUACAUGGGGAUUCGAGACAGUGAGCUCGCUGCCACCAUGGUGGAGUUGGGCAAAGACAAGAAGAACCCGGACGAGUUCGCGGAGGCUUUGGACGAGACACUCGGUGACUUUGCCUUCCCGGACGAGUUUGUGUUUGACGUCUGGGGAGCCAUCGGUGACGCCAAGGUCGGUCGGAUUUGAUCCUGAACACGGCGGCGUGAACGUGACUGAAAGGGAGGUGUUUAAGGGAGGUGGUGCUGCCACCGAGGACACUGUUACUCCACACUACACUAUAGAGUGAGUUUUACACACAAAAGCAAACCCUUCAGCAGGCUGCAUUCUGGACUUUCUCUGGGAUCAGAAUUAAUUUUUUUUUUUUUUUAAUGCAAAAUAAGGAACUGCGCCACUCUGACCCCGGUGUUCACUCCAGAAGGAGUUAAGCUCGCCUUUAAGACACUGAUGUGGAAUACGAAUGAAUGUUGAAAUUUCCCCCGGUUUUGUUUCAGAUACUUCAGAGAAAUGCUAUGAAAAAUCCCAAUCUGCACAUUGCACGUGUAAAUCUCUCUCUCUCUCUCUCUCUCUCUCUGACACUACAAAACUGUGAUGUUCACUUUGCACUGUUACUGUGUACGAACUGCACUGCCACGCUGUGUUCAACCCACCCGGUGCGUGCGCAGUGCAGUUCUGGACCACUUUAUAUCAUGUAAAACUACAGCGACUCCUCAAAGCAUGAUAAACAUGUUUUCAUAUUCCUUAUCCUUUAUAUGAUGAUGUCCCCCCCAAAACGUUCCUUGAGAUGAUCAGGUUCUCACAGGCACCUGAAUGUGUGUCCAGUUACAUUUCACACUUUUUCAAAUGUUUUUUUUUUUCUUUUGGGGGAGGGGAUUAUAUGUUGCAUGUAUGCUUAAUGGCGUGUGUGCAAAAUGUUGUAGGAUGUAUGCGAAUGUCUCCGCAAGGUUGAUUUAAAAAAAAAAAAAAAGAUGCUGUAAGACAUCCGUCUCCUUCCAAACACAGUGAAAUAGUUAGUCACGGACUUUAUUCAUCUCGUCAGUGUAUAAAUAUAAAUUUGAAUGAAAUAGUGAAUAUUUAAGGUUGAAUUAAUCGAUUACUUUUGGAUAAAUGUUGUUAAUGUGAUGGAAAUGGGAUUUGUAUCGAGUUAAUUUUAUACCAAAUAAAUAAAUAAAGCGGUAACGUCUGCAAGUGGAAUAGUGCUACGAAGUUAAAGCAGAUGUUGCGAUUAGAAAGAGUAAGAAUUGGAUUCUUUCUCUAAACACCAGACAUGUAAACGUUUAAAGUGACGGUAGAGAAGUAGGCUUGUGCGAUAUAUCACAAUAUUAUCGUCUUUAUGCAAUAUUACACUGCCACGGUAUCCGGUGACAUUUAUUGCCGAUGUUUAAGUUAUUCCACGAAAUCGAGUCGUACAUGAGCUGAUAGCGCUGUAAGCCGUGCACGACAAGAUUGAGUGGAAUAACUGUUUUAUUCUAUCCACAGUCACUGGAUUUUGAGAAACGGAGCAUUUUUUUUAUUUUUUGCAAAUUUGAUCAAUAAAAACUUGUCUGACGAAAUAAUUUCUGCUUAGAAUGUAAACAAACCGGCGAAAUGACAGGAGCAAUUUGUGAAAAAAUGCGAUAAUUCUUGAAAAAAAAAUUCUUACCAUCAAAUGCUUUCAUUCUAUAUUUUGAUGGUUUGUUUUUUGGGGGUUUUGUUUUCAAGUAGAGUUUAUAUUUCGUCCUCGGCUGGUUCAGCAACACGCGCCGCCAUUUUAUUUUUAUUUUUAUUUUUUUCUCUACUGACCGUAUAUGAGCUGAUAUCCUAGUAGUAGAGUAGCCAAUCAAAGCGCACGAUUCCUCAUAUCCAGUGAAUACAUUGUUGUUGUUUUUACCAAAUUUGCCAACCUUUCCGCGUGUUGCGUAGGAGCCCCACAAAAAUGCGCCAAAACGAAACAUGAAUCCUGAAUGACUUGCGCAGCUUCUGGAAGCUCCGCCCCUUUCCCAUGCAGUCUCACGUUUUCUCGACUUGUACAGGCUCUCUCGCUUUAUGCCAACAGAGAACAUUUUGAACUCGUUAAUGUGAAAUGAAAAUUUAUUCAUGUGUUAUCAAUGUGACCUAACAUCAGUUGUAUGUUUUUUAUUAUAUUUUAUCAGCUCGCUAUGUUUAUUGGCCAAAAAAUGCUCACCGAAAUCAGCACUUUCGCUUUUUGGCUGAAAAAGAAAAGAAAGGAGGAGAUUCGAUAGGACCGACGGCGUCAAAUCGGAGAUUUUACAAAUAAUGCGGAUGAUGAUGAUUAGAAAGUGAUUUAAAAAGCACGAUCAUGUUGAGUCCGCAUCAGCAGUGAAAACUUCACCCAUGUUGACGCGAGACAGCUGAUCGGGAACAGGAUUACAUCAAGAAUGUACUGGGAUUUUUUUCACCCUGUUAAUCCGCAUUACGGAAUAAUCGCCUCUAAUUCCAACAUCCAGCUGAGGUUUUGUGGUCGCUGGAUUUCCAGCUGGUAUUUUAACGUCCUGUUCGUUCUCUCUUUAAACUCGGCCUUUUUCAAGUUGCUGAUUCUGAAUCGUUACGUCAAUUUUCGCGAUGUUUUUGAAAACAACAAAAAAAGGAAACGACUCGAUAUCGCACAAGCCUACUGACGCGCAAAUACGGCGGUUAAAAAAAAAAAACGCGACGAAUGAGUGAUGUUUCCAUCACAGGUUUAAUGGUUGUGUUUAAUAAUUGAACGCUGUAGUUUCCUUAGGAAUGUGCUAAAACGUCCCGUUUUCAGAUUUCUCUUCCCAUUUCAGUUUUUAACAAUGAACUGAGAAAGAUGUAGAGGAAUGCUCUAAAAUAAAAAAAAAAAAAGCACACAUACACUGCAGUCUAAUGCCAAACCAAGGAUCAGUAUUAAACUGUUAUUGAGUUCAUGCAAUAUUUAGAGUGAAGUAUUGUAUUUUGUUGAAAUAUUUCCACCAUGUCUAGUUUUCCAUGUGAUGAUGGUGGUGUGGAUUUAAAGCCACUAGCUAGCAAGCGUUCAUUUCAGUAUAUCUCAUUAUCGAGGUUAAGGACAGGGCUCUUCUUUUUCAUGUUUAUACACCACACUGUUCUGUUCUUGUCAGUAUUUAGCUGUGUUUUUAGUUUAGAUUUUUUUUUUUAAUUGUUCUUUCUUUGUCUUUGCUUAUUUCAAUGUAUUGUCAUUUUUAAAGAAAAGAUAAAUGCUGUUACAAACACGAACACUGUUACGGUUUCAUUGUUACACUGUUUAAACGUCUCGACGUACCGCUGAAGUGCAAUUAGAGAGCCGCCGUGUCCGUCCAUCACGUCUCUACGAGCUGGAAUGUUGUUUCACAUGUUUACUCACCUCACCCAUUUCUCAGCCUCAUUAAAGUAAACCAUUGAAUUUGG